AUGAAGAAAUACGAGGAGGCAAAAUUUUUAGAAUUUGACUUAGUAUAUAAUAAUUAUGUUAAAAAGCAUAAUAGAGCAGUUUCCGAGCUAUUAAAAUCAUCUGCAAACUCUAAUUUAUCAGAACUUCCGAAAGUUAUUGUUGCCCAACCAGACUUGACGAAAGGAUACGGAAACCGUAUACCUGCAAUGGUUUGUGGGUUUAUAUAUGCACUAAUGUCUGAUAGAUUAUUCUUUAUUGAUAAAUAUGAUAAUUUCUCAAGCUAUUAUGAAAAAGACUUUGAAUAUGACUGGAAAAUUGUUGCAAACAUAUAUAAAAAUAGUACCUCAAGAUAUUUACAUUAUGCUAAUAAUUAUAAUGAUUUUCAGUUGGUGGCGAGGGGAAACUUUAGCAACGAGAAAACAGAUAUUUUAUACAUUUACACAUGGGAUUACGUAUGUCCUCCAAUAAUAUCAAAUCCUCAUUAUAAAAACUGGUUUGAUAAAAUAAUACCUGAUUAUAAAGUUUUUACGGCAAUCAGCCUAAAAUUAAUAAGUUUGCACCCAAAUAUUAGCAAACAAGUAGACACUUUUGCGGACAAUAAUUGUAAUGAUUAUAAUAUAGGUGUUCAUUUAAGAGAGAAAAAGACAAUAUCUAAUUUGAAAACACCCAUAGAUCAUUUCAGUCUGGUAGUGAAAAUGUUGGUUUUAGGAAUAAAAAACAAGAAUAUAACUAUCUUUGUGGCGGCUGAUAGUAAUGAUAGUCGUAAAAAAUUAGUUAAUUUAAUUAGUGAAAUGCCUACUUAUAAUAACAAUUCUAUUAAGAUAGUUCAUUCUGAUGAUGAUAUGGAUGCUCCAAAUCCUCUUAAUUCGAACACUGGUACGGAAGUAGGCGCUCUUAUCGAUUUGAAGUUGCUUAGUUUAUGUGAUGACUUGGUGAUUACAUAUGGUUCAACAUUCGGUUUCACUGCUGCAGGAUGGUCACCAACAACGGAUCGUCGAAGAGGCCCGUUUGUAGUAAUGCCAAUAAAAAAUUCAAGCGAUGAUUUCUGGACUUUAGAUAAGGUUUGGGUGUGGGGCGCUACAUCAAGCGAGCCUUGCAUGUACCUAAGUAAGUGGUUAAUUGAUAAAGCGGAUGAGGAAACCUCUAAAGCUUUUAG